UCAUCAGCAAAACAUCCAAAUCCGCCAUGUUUUUUCUCUGCUGAUUUGUGUUUCGUGUCAUCUUUUUUCUCGAAUACAUCAUUCGUUUUUCAUAGAUUUGUUCGGAUCAAAAGUGAAAAAUUGAAAAAUCAACAUUCAUUGGAAUACCAUUGGCUUGAAUUUGCUAUCCGUCUCAGCUGGACAUAAGUCUGAUGGUUUCGGUGGGAUCUGUGAAAUAGUUACUACCCUGGAUGGCUUAUUAGGAAGGAAUAUAUUUCGGGGCCACCCAUCGUCAACAUUUUAAAUAAACAACGAAGUGCAGAAAAGGAGAAAGAAAGUUACAAAAAAUAGAGAAAUUUCGAUAGACUAAAUUCUUGAGAAAUCAAAAUAACUUUUCGAAACCAUCCGAGCUGGGAGGACAGGUGUUAAAAUAAUCUAGAAAAUGAAUCGUAGCAGCGAUGGUCUAGUGCGACGUGUAAAGACCCGAGGGGAUGCAGGGGAAUUGGGUGGUGGGGGAGGUGGCUCAUCUUCCAGCAAUCCAGACCAGGACAACCGAUCCGAAAACAACCAAGAUGACGAGCUGGAAGAUUGCGAUUCUAAGGAAACCCGUUUGACACUUAUGGAGGAGGUUUUGCUGCUUGGACUGAAAGAUAAGGAGGGAUACACAUCAUUCUGGAACGACUGUAUAUCUAGUGGUCUGAGAGGAUGCAUCCUAAUAGAGCUAGGCCUGCGGGGUCGUGUCGAACUAGAACGAGCCGGAAUGCGACGAAAGGGUCUUUGUACCCGAAAGAUUAUCCUCAAAUCGGACACCCCCACCGGUGAUGUACUCCUGGACGAGGCACUCAAGCACAUCAAAGAAACGGAACCGCCCGAGACAAUCCAGAACUGGAUCGAGUAUCUGAGUGGAGAAACUUGGAACCCUUUGAAGUUGAGAUAUCAACUGAAAAAUGUACGCGAAAGACUCGCCAAGAACUUGGUGGAAAAAGGUGUACUGACAACGGAAAAACAAAACUUCCUUCUUUUUGAUAUGACGACACAUCCGCUUAAUGAUAACGUUAUCAAAUGUAGGCUAGUUAAAAAGAUACAAGAUGCUGUGCUCACAAAAUGGGUUAACGAUCCGCAACGCAUCGACAAGCGUAUGUUGGCGCUUAUAUUGCUGGCACAUGCAAGCGACGUGCUGGAGAAUGCCUUCGCACCCCUGAAUGAUGACGAUUACGAACAGGCAAUGAGGCGUGUAAGGGAACUUCUAGACCUGGAUUUUGAAGCAGAGGCAGCCAAAUCCAAUUCCAACGAGGUUGUUUGGGCUGUCUUUGCCGCAUUUACCAAGUAGAAUUCGCUCUAGUGGCCACGCUGGUGUUUGAAGUGUAUUUGGGCGUUUUAGAUCAGCACGAAAAAGACCCGGGAUAUAUUUCGGUGAGCAUCGAAUUAAGCAAAACUAAAACACAAACAGCAGUUGUGCCCUAUAUUCCUUUACUAUAAGUGGACUGGAUCGAACACUAGUGUGACCAACCAAGAAGUCUAUUUUCUAGCAAUUUUCGAUCCUAUUUAGCUCCCCUUCACCUAAACGACAAAAAAAGCCGAAUUGAAUAUUCUAUGAUAAUGAGAUACAUUCGCGGGGAAAGCUGUAUUGGUAUAGUAUAGUAUAGUGUAAUCCACUUACUGAAUAUGAUUUUUUUUAUUUUACCUAUUUAUAGCAGAUAAAUCAAUAAUCAAAUCAAAACACUUUAUUAAUUAAAAAAAAGUUUUUUAAUGACUACCGAUACGAUCGUCACAAAACAGCGCUUAUAAACUAUAAUAAACUAAAAUAAAACAAAUAAAAAACAAAAAUAGGAUUUAGAAAUGCAGUUACUAAAACAGGUCUUUAAACAAUGGUAAAUCUGACGAGGACCGUUCUUCCCUCUCUCCGGUUUUUUAGUACAUACUAGCAAUCAAUUUCCAUACGAAACAUUUGUAACAAUGUGAUUUCACGUUUCCGCGUUUUUGUUUUAAAUUUGUAAAAGAUUCGUUCCAAAUUCCAAAGGUUGUUGACACACAAAGAAUACUAUUGUUCCAUUGUAUGACGACGAUUUAGAAUCGUCGUGUUAGUUCGUUCAUUCUCGUCCAAAUCACUCCCUAAGAUUUAGGUUGCACAUCAGACACACGGCUAACAGUCAAAAGUCACUUAUCGUCAUUCGAAAAGCUAUUUAUCAAGCACGAUUAAUCUGGAUGUAUUUGAGAUUGGCUCCCCCAUAAAAAAGAAUCGGCGACUAAAUAGGAUAUAGUAUUUCUGUACGUACUGCACUCGUCUGUGUGAGUGUGCUAGCAAUUUAAAAUUACAUUCGUUGGAAGUGAUAUUUUCUAUUGGCAAUGUACUGAAGAUGCAGAAAUACAGCACCCAUUAGAUUGGUCCGAGAAAAAUCACUAAUCGGGACAUUAUUAAAAAAAAAACAAUAUGUAAGAUUAUGAUAGUGAAAACGGAAUAAAAUAGUAAAGUGGGAUAAAGCACGGAAGUAAAAUCAUUGCGGAUUACAACACAAACAAUCAACGCAUUGUAAAAUAACGUGUGGAUGUCCGGUGGAAGAUCGUGUACAUAGGUUUAAAUUUAAUGCAAGAAACAUUGUUAUCAUAAAGUACCGAUAAUGUAUAAUAAACAAAUAAAAUCUA